AUUCGUAAGUCCUCUAAUGGAGGAAAGAGCAGCAAUGACAAGUCGCCAUGAAAGUGAAAAUUAUUUUUAUUCACGAGAGGGAUUUACUUCAUGUUGGCUAAGCGUUAACGUGUAAUAGAUGCUAGUGACUAAAAACGAAAAAACUGCAAAAUAAUAAUUUUAAUUUCAGUGGCUUGUCCAUUAGCUAAUUACAUUGUGUGGCUACUGUAAACAUUCGUCGCAAACAUACCGUCGUGACAUGGAAUGACACACAGUCGCUAUUUAAACCUCACUACAUGUUUCCUCUGAAUGCGCCGGUAAACAGCUAAAAGAUAACCUGGGAUUCAAAAAGAUAUUUCCUUCAAUUCGGCUUCCUAGCAACUAUUACUUAAAUUAAAACUGACUAUUUACUGUAUCAGUGGCUGCCAAAAUAACCACACCUCAAAGAGCUCUGGGUUAUCUAAUUGACUGAAUUGGUAUAAUAAUGUUGUUUUAUGUCCAUUGUUUGAUUUCAAGGCGAGGAAUUUAAAUGUGUUAACAGAUUAAUAAAGCUGUUGGAUAUGCUCUGGGUGUUUUCAACUUUUUUCCCCAUGAGCAAAGGGACAUUCCAGGCUUGAUGUGCCUUAAUUCAGCGGCGCAGUGUAAACACAGGAGAUGGUUUGGCAUACCUUGAAACCAGAAAGUUAUGUCUGCCAGCAGCACAGGAAGUCUGAGACACAGCUCAGGGCCUGGUGGCUACAGGCAUGGACCAAGCCGGGGCAGCAGCCAGAAGCUGUCGUAUGAGGAGCGCUGUGUGGACCCAGAGGAAGAAAGGCUACCGACCCCGGAGCCAAAGUCAGUUCACAAAGCUCACCUGAAAGAUGCAAACGGGAAGGAGUCUGAAACCAUCGGCUUCAUUCCUGGCUCUGCUGACUCUCGCUCUGCAGCACAAACCUGCAAUCCCUGUGCUUCUCCACGGAGCUGUAGUAGCUUUGUGUGCAGCGUGCUGACCUGUGGCCUGUACAGGGUCUGCCAGCGUACCAUUCUUGCUCCGUGCCUGGCGCCAAACGAGAGGUCCCCAGAUGAGCCAGAGAAGGUGAGCCUCCAAAGUAUGAACCCAGGGGACAACAAAGUGGAGGAUGGUACAGACUGGCUAGGGGAUGUCCACAUUGCUGGAGUCAAAGUGGAGAGUCCAAGGGAGUAUUUAGAUGUCGAAGCCAAAUCUCCAACAUAUGUGCCUCGGGCUGGUGGUCAAAUGCAGCCCACCAGUCCAUCCCUGCACGAGUCGAUGAGGUUCGAUGACUGGGAGGAAGGCGAGGAGGACGUGGAUUCUCUGAUUACUAAGAAGCUGCUGGAGCUCUACUCUGAAUAUCAGAUCGAAGAGCUGGCCAGGUGCACCUCAGACUCUGUGUUUCUGAGGAAGAGCAAGGCCAUCAAUCAGCUCAUCAAUUCGCUGGCAGAGGAGCACAAAAUGGACGAGCAAGAAGCCGAGUGUCGGCUGGUGCGCGGCAUCAUCCGCAUCAGCACCCGGAAGAGCACGAAGAGGAGGCCUCCCAUCUCAAAGAGGGAGAGGACACUGUCAGACAGCGGCAAUGAGACAAUGAGGGAGAGCGAGUCCUUUUCUUUCAGCAACAACAAUGACUACAAAUCAAAUCCAAACAUCCAAAUAUCAGAGCUGACCUCCUCUGAUAAGUGUGCCAGGGAGAUGUGGAAAAACAAUGGAGGUCAUACUUCUACUUCUCCAACAGCCUACUCGCCUUCUCACACAGAGACUAACUCUUCAGGUGUCUCACUAAUUUGUUCCUCUGUGAGAACGUGAUUCCUGCUCCACGUUGGCAGCCUAUGCUUGCAUUAUUGGUCAUGCUGUGUCCACAAGGUCGUGUGUGAGACACGACUUGCACAGGAGCCUCUGGCUGAGCCAAGCUCUUAUCAGAGACCAUGUCUUUGCUGUGGAAAACAAAAAUGUGAAAAUUCACAUUGUCUGAAGGACUUCAGAGAACUCAGGGCUCUGUGUGUAGAUAUUUAUGGUUGAUGAAUAUUACGUGUAUAUUUGAAGGAUUGAUUGAUUGAUUGAUUGAUUGAGAGCUUGUCCUGCAGGCAGAUAUCACCAGCAGCUCUUGAGUGUUGUAUCAUGAUUAACCGUCCUCUCGUCCUUGAAGGAGUCAUGUUCAUGAAACCUGAUUCAUCUGGUCAUAUUGUGCUAUAGUUAUGCAAAGGACCUUUAAAUUUGUUUCUGUAAAAACAAAAUACAGUUGAGUUGUAUUUACUUGGCACAUUUAACAGUGUGUGUGUGAUUUUAAAGUGUACUCUGAUCGUUUUCAUUUUUCAGAUUGAUGUGAGUGGAAUAGCAUUGUUCAAAAGCUUUCAGUGAUGUAAGAGGAUGAAGUAAGAAAAGGGAAGGAAAAAGCAGUUUUGUAUGAUGGUUCAAAAUCCUGUAAAUCUGAUUUUAAUUGGAGUUUUUUUAUCUGUGCUUUUUUUAAUCUGUGUUGAUUUUUAUUUUUAAAAUCCAAAAAGCACAGUUCUGUCAAAGGAAUAGUCUGACAUUUUGGAAAAUGCGCUUAUUUGCUUUACUGCUGAGACUUAGAUGAGAAGCUUGUUGCUAGCGUUUUUGUUGCUAGCUUCAUAUUUACUGUACAGACUCGAGUGGUAUCAUCUCAUAAAGGAAACAAACGUAUUUUCCAAAGUGCGAUAUCUGCUUUUUGGUCACAAAGCUAGUUAGUGAACCUUGAAGUGGAUCUUUAAUUAGGAUUUAAUGUCAAAAUUGUCAUUUCUGUUGUGACUUUCAUGUGGUGUGGUUUCUCUUUUCAAAGCUUAUGAUUGUUAGUGUCAUAACAUGAAGUCCAUAUGAAGCAGACAGCCCCUAAGCUUUGAUGUUAACCCGUUCGUUGAAUGCAUCUGGAGACUCUGUAACUCAGCCCUCAAACUGAAUGAUCAUAUGAAAUCUGGUCUGAACUGCAGCUAUGCUUCAGGUUGUGUCAUGUACUGUAAGUUAUUAAUGCCAUUAGCGCAGGCUGUCUCAUGAAGUGAAUGUCUGUUUUCAUACUAACAUGCUUGCUCUGUUUUCUCCUGAGUCCUGAUGGGAAUGUGGCCAGCUGACUCACUCACUGCCGGCUUCUUAUCAGCACUAGCUUCUGGCUACUGUUGGUCCUGGACUCUAUUUUAGUAGCGUCGGUAAAUACUAAUGGGUGGUUUAUACACACAAUUAACUGUUCAGAUUACUUGCUGUUCUCAGGAUCUUUAGUGCCCUAUUUGAAUUGAAAGUAUAAAGAGUAAACUACUUCUUUGGUCUGAUGGACUAUCGCCCAGGAUGCUUUAAAUAACCACAGUGUCUUUUCAGUGAGUCAGGACUUUGGCUGCAACAGCAGCAUCGUUAUGAUGAAAUGGUGUGAAACUGGUUGUUCAGGUUUGGACCAAGAAAGGAGAAAUCGACUAAUUAGAAAUAAUGAAUGUGUCUGUCAUAUAAACUGCUAACUGUAACUAUCCUAACGUGCUUUUUGUGUCUCUGAACUGGUUGAAGUGUCUGCUGAAACAGCAUUUUGUGUUCAUUCACUUUAUACCAUACUUUGUCAGGUUUCCUAAAAGACAAAUGCUUGGGUCUUUAUUAAAAAGGAACGUUUAUAUUUUCAGCAGAAAUGUGUUGGCAGGUUCUUCGAUUGAAAAUAAUCCAUCUUUUAACAGACGUCUCUUUGUAAAACAAUAAAGUAAAUGAAGUUAAAGAGAGGAGCUGUUUGCUUGUUGUUUGCCACUCAUGGCCACAUGAGGGAGUCAAAGGAUGCUUUUUUUCUUUUUAAAAGUCAGAUCAUGCUGCUUUCUCAGUUCUCCUUCCACAAGCACACUCACUUCUUCACAAGUGUGUUUGAUUCCUGUGCUUUCUCAGAAGUGAUAUGUCAUUAAUAGAACGUCAUAAAGCUAAAGAAAGUAGCAAAAGGUUUAUUUUGUGCAUUUUUCACUGUAUAAAAUUCAACAUUACAACACACUGAUAAAAGUCUAUUCUCUGUCAUCUUACUGGACAAAUAACAUCUCUGUUAGUAAACGUAUCAUACUGGUGUUGCCAAUAAUUGGCUUGAAGAAGAGCUCUGUGACUAAGCUGUGGUUGAUAUUCUGAAUGGCAGAGGCUGCUAGAAGGAUGUGUCCGAAGCGACUGGCGUCCUCUGGGUGCAGGAGGCAGAUGACUUCAUGGAGAGCUCUCUGAGCUUCCUGUUGGAGGCCCUCAAUCAGCAACAUGGCGCUCAAUCCUUGAACGACUGUAGUGGAAGGGGAGAAGUUUCUAGUUAAGCUGAUCAUAUCUGACAAAGUCGUUAGCAUGGCCACUGAAACACAACCAACAAAAAGAUGUUAUACCUGGGUUGAACAGCACAGCACCCUUCAGGUAAGCAUAUUCCUUCAGGUUGAGGUCCAGAUUCCACAGCUGACGCAAGCAAGUUCUCAGUCUGUGGACUCCGGCAAGAGUUGGCUGGUCAGCCUCCUUCUCAGAAAGUCCCUGUCUGAGCAAAAUCUGUCUAAGGAUACUUGAAUUCGGUGCAUCAGUCACUUCAAACACUAUCUUUUCUUGUGCAAGCCCCAGAACAAAUAAAGGAACCCAGCAGUGUUUUAACAGCGCUGUCUGAUCUCCGGACGGAAGCUGGCUGAAGGAUGGUAAACUUCUCAUGAAGCAGAUGGUUUUGACCAGCACAUUGGAGGCAACUUGGCAGGUGGCUUCUGGCUCCUUCAGGCAAACUGCCCUCCUGUGCUCACAGUGGCAGCUGUGUGGCAUGGAGUUCAGUUUGUUGUUGAGGUAGUUGCUGUCCCUCCAGCUCAAAAUGUUAUAAAGGAUAGUGUGAGGAUGCUGAUCCCGGUAACAAGUGCUGUUUGUAAUCUUCUCAUCAGGAGGAAACAUGGUGAGGAAGGAAAUAUUCUUAAAAUCGUUUUAGCAAAAAAAUUAAUAAAUAAAAACGAGUCAGUUAGCUUCAGAAAGCAAGAACAGCCUCAAUCAGUGCUCAGCCUCGGCCCCUAUUUAUCCAGGAUGUCACCUGCUCACGACAAACUCAGCCUUGACCCUCCUUUUUAAGCCCGUGCACUGAGGUAAAAAAAAAAAAAAAAAAAAACAGUGACCAUGGACUUCCCGUUCA